AUGGAGUCCACCACGUCAACGUCCGAGCUGCCGACGGUAGCAGGGCCCCGUCCUCGCGACGGCAGAAGCAAGUUGCACCGCAUUGUGCACGAGUACCGCGUGGUGGAGUUUGCCAUUGCCGUCGUCAUGUACGGCAUUGCACUCUUCUUUGCCACCAUUCAGGUCGCUCAGCGUGCGAUUUCCAACAUCGAAGUGCAGCUGAACGCGAAUACGUCCGUAUGGGCGCGAGACCCGACGAUCAAUAACAAAGAGAUGGCGCAGCAGGUCUCCAUGACUGCUCUGAUUUCCGUCGGCAUUGGUGCGCCAGUCCUUACGAACCUCUUUGUGAACUACGCGCUGCCCAAGUUCCACAACGUGCGCGUCAUCCCGCACGAUACGCGGGACUUUUUCUUGACGCUCGUGCAGUCUACGAGUAUGGCGACGCUGUUGACGCAAUUUACAAAGAACAUGACUGGACGCUUUCGCCCGUGCUUUUACGACAUGUGCAAGUGGCAGUACGACGUUGCGUGGGACGGCGUCACGAAUCUGUGUCAGAGUCCGUCCGGCGAGAAAGAAGGGCGCAAGAGUUUUCCUUCUGGACACGCGUCGUUUGCAUUUGCAACGAUGCUGGUGUUCACGCUCUACUUGCUCGGGCGAUCAUCUUUGAACUGCGAGAACCGAAGCGAGACAAUGAUGCGGGGUGGACGUAAAUCCAUCAAGCUCUUUCUCUGCUUCAUCCCUACUUUCUUGGCGUCGUGGGUGGGUGUGACGCGUACCAUCGACAACUGGCACCACUACGCUGACAUUCUAGCGGGGAGCAUCAUUGGCGCUGUUUCCGCGUGCUUGUCGUACAGUUACAACUACGCGUCGAUCUUCCACAGCGAGCAUGCUGGGUUCCCUCUGCAAGGCUACCAUGCCACCUGCAAGAGAAAGGUGACAAGAGGUGCUAGCGACAUCACAUACGCGAGCAACGACAGCUGUGAUCAGGGGAGCGGGUCAGGCAAGCCAGUGAAUGGACGCAGCGACUAUGUAGUGGGCAUGCAUAGCCGCAUCAACGCUGGCGCUUGA